UGUGGAUUUUUGCAAAACUCAGUUCCCCUAUCUUAGGUUAUCGACGUGUGCGGCCACCCUUAAAUCCCCCGGACUUCCGGUGGCUGCUCCCUUGGCUUUGUUUCCCCAGAUGCAUUGGAUUCAGUUUCAAUUGCUGAUCCCCCUUCAGUAUGUCUCUCCCACUUCCCAAUGACAUCCUCCUCCUGGUCGGGGAGUACGUGGAAGACUAUCGGGACCGCUACAACCUUCUUUUUGUGUGCCGUCAUUUUCACGACCUGUUUCUGCGCUUGGUUUACCAAGCAGCUGCCCUGAAGGACUGCUCCCAGACGCGUUCCUUCCUGGGAGCUGUUCUCCGUCGUCCCGAGCUGGCUCGGGCGGUUCGCAGCUUGGACUUCCAUGACUGGUGUCCUAGGUCCACCUCCACUCCUUCCUCCCCUCCCUCCGACGAAGAUUUGGCGCCGUUUGCCCAAUUGGCCUUUUCCCUCAGUCAAACCGCUGAAGAGCACACGAAAUGGGAGCAGGAUCUCCGGGACAAUGUUGAAGAGGCUUGGAUUGCGCUUCUCCUGCCGCUGGCGAGUAACCUGAGGCAUCUGCAAUUAGUGUACCCCAAGCAGAAUAUCUACCUGGACCGCAUGAUGCAGCGGGCAGUGAGGGGAGAGAAGCCUUUCGACGACCAGCCGGCAUUCCGUGUGUUGCGGGAUGUAUCGCUGAGCCAUUUAGCCGACGAGGAAGACAGUCGAGGAAGCUACAUGACUUCCCAGGUCCUCCCUUUCUUUCAAUUGCCAUCCAUGCGGGCAUUUUCGGCGGACUCGGUGGUUGAGUCCACCCGCCCACGCGAGGAUGAGCCUGAAUCAACCCAUCCGGUCGAUGAGCCUACUCCCGGCUCUUCGUCCAUUGCUGAGAUUACACUGAACACCAGCAGUGGAGCUCAGGGCAUGCAAAGCCUGAUCGCCUCAUGCUCUUCGCUCCAAUCCUUCAAGUACCAACACUCCGAUUCACACCUACUUGCAGAGGGGUUCCAGCCUUCUGCAUUCUUCGAGUCCCUGGCGAGCAGUAAGAGCAGCCUGCACACCCUGUGGCUUGACAAUUGCGGCACCCACUUGCCUUUCACCAUUGCCGGAGCGAACGAGACGCACGACGAGUGGUUUGGACCUCUGACGGAGUUCACUGCGUUGAAGGAUAUCCGCAUCCGUCUGCCCAACCUGCUCGAUGUUCGCUACCAGUAUGAACCGUCGUGCCCGCUCACCGAUGUGCUUCCCGCGUCGGUCGAAUCGUUGUACGUGGAAGGCUGCAAGGAGAAUUCCUUGGCCAUGCUGGUUGGACAGCUUCAGAAGGUCCUCAACAAGCGUAAGACGCAAUUCAAAGGCCUGAGACGACUUGAUGUUGAAGGCUUCUUCCACGACGAGGAGGACGAGGACGCGUCGGGCUACCAGCCGGCGGAGGCCGCCGGCGAGAGAGUGAUCAAACCCCGGGUGUAUCAGACGGUAGAGCCGCUGCAUCGUGCCUGUGCCGAGGCGGGGAUUGAACUCUAUUUGCGCGACCGCGUGUGCUUGGCGACGAUGCAAGAGGCAUAACAUUUUGACACGACCCGAGACGAGGAUAGAGGAUAGACGAUAGAUG